UUUGUAUGGUAUCCAUGAUCAAUGGGGCAUGGAAAUUUAACGAUAUCUCAGAACACCUCGUCAAUACACUAAACAACACACUAGUUUUAUGUACUCCGUACCUGGUUCAUUCGCUGUAUAAUGAAAUAAAUAAUAGGAUGAAUCAUAAUGUAAUUACGUACAAAUUGUUGUGAAAUUAUCGCCACAUUUUUCAAAACACAGAUAUGAAUAACACAUUGUUUUGGGUGUAAAUGGAAAUACUCCUUCACCAGGUAGGAUAUUAGAGAAAUGAGACUCUUUCACAGCGGAACAGUUACAUUGUUAGUUGUAUGCAUUAUUGUUCCUGUAACAGUUCAUGGUGAUGUGUCUUCUGCUUGGGGAGACUGGAAUACUUGGUCGGCAUGUUCUGUGACUUGCGGCUAUGGUUCCAUAACAAAAACACGAUACUGGUUUGACGAAGAUGGUGUGAAGACGAACGAAACAUUAGUCCAACAUUCAAGCUGCUAUCUUGAUAUAAAGUGUCCAGUUGAUGGAAACUGGACUAUGUGGUCGCCAAAUUCUGCAUGUUCUAAGCAAUGUGGACAAGGAAUUAGGACUAGAACAAGAUACUGUACCAAUCCCAGACCACUUAAUGGGGGCAAUGAUUGUAUUGGCAGUGGUACAGAUCAGACAAACUGCAAACUUGCUGACUGUCCACCUAUACCACAAAAUUUUGAUAUUGAAACCUGCAAGAAACCAGGGAAACUUUGGUGUACAAGUAAACGAAUGUGUGUAGAAGUGUCUCAGCGGUGUGAUCGAAAAGUUCAAUGUCAUGAUGGAAGUGAUGAACAUCUGUGUUACAAAUACGGAAAUAGUGCUAGAGGUAUAUAUUUGUCUCUAACAAGUAUGGCUGUAUGGAUAAGUUACAACGUGUUUAUAAAUCUUUCCUGAACUGCAGUAGUACAGAGUCUUAGAAUGCCAAUAUUCCAGCCAAAUAAUUGCAUAAUUCCCGAAACCUGUACAUUUUUCAUGGAAAUCAAUUGUAUUAUGAUUUUUUUUCAAACAUGUAUACUUGAAAGGGACUACGGAUGAAUUAAAUAUGAUUUUUUUAUACUGUUUGUUUGUCUGUUUCAUUUGAUAUAUCAUUUAAGAAUCCAACGAAAUUCAAUUAAGACAGUUUAUUGUAAUUAAGUGUAAAACCAAAUAUUAUAUAUAUUAUGUCAUGUAAUCAUUGUAACAGUGUCAAUUUUUAUCGCAUAGUUGUUUUUGGGCUGUUGUGUGAUGUUUCUGUAGUAUUUUAAUAUUAUUUUGUCAUUCAGAAACUUAGGGAUUGAAAUUCAAGUUCCUACACCAAAAUUAGCAAACUAAGAAUGCAUUUGAUUGUAAACUGCUGAAUUAUGUCCCCGUUUUUUAACCUUUCGGGAAAAUAUUUUUUCUGUCUGUUUGCCUUUUUAUAACAAAAACUUGUCCCCAUGAAAAUUGAAAUCGCAUACAGUUUAUAUAGUAAUGCGUUGAAGCUUAUAGACUUUAGUUGUCCACCUUCAUUUUUGUUUAAUCAACAUGAACUUUCUUUACACUGCCAUUAAUUCAUAUUAGAAAGAUUUGCCAUAUCCAUUGCGUGACAUAUUUGCUUCAUAAAAUGCUUGCUUGCCAAAGUUUCAUGCAUAUAGCAAUCUAUAAUAUCAUAAGAAAUUUCUCCGUUUUUUCUAAAACUUUUUAACUCAGAUAGGCCAGGAAAGGUAGCAGUAUGCUUUUAUAUCGAAACCUAACUUUUAUUAAGACCACAAAUAAAAGGAUACAAACAAAAGGGCAUUACGAUUUUUUAAAGAUAAUGUAUGUUAAAUGUGAAUGAAGACGACGUACAGUUUUCGAGCACCCAUAAGGAAGGUUCCGAAACAUUUCUAGCUCUAAAUCGCCUAGGCCUAGAUAUUUAAGUUAAAAAUUACUUCAAUACAGACUAAAAUAAGAUCUGUCAUCACACCAAGUACAUGUUAUGUGCAAGUAAACAGUCAUAAAUACGGAGACGUGUAGCAAAUAUCAAAUGAAUAGAAAUUUUAUUAAUAUCCUUUUUUAUUGUUAAAAUAAUUGGUUCGUCUUUUAUUUAAUUUAGCAGGUACAAAACGCAAUGUUCAUAUACAGCAUUCAAUCCUUUAAAAUCUUGUAAAACAGAUUUUUUUUUUUUUAAACUCGGUUAUCAGUUUUCCUCUUUUCAAAUGAGGUGUUUAUUUACCUGAUUCUUUGUAUAACCGUAUAUGGCUUUUCCAGUUUGGCCUUGUAUUGAUGCUGAUCUAAAAAGUACUAGUCGCGAUUAUUUUUUGGAUUAUGACAUUUUUCUUUAAAGGGACAUUAGAUAUGAAUAUGAUUAUUUUUUUUCAAUCAUUAAUAAAAGUGAAAUAAUGAAAUAAUAAUUCGCUUUUAGCAGUCAAUUUGGUUCAGUUUUGUCAAAAAUAAGCAAAGAAACAUCGCUGAUGAAUUACUCACUUGCAAGUGAAUAAUUCGACCUCAUUGAAUCCGUAUUCAUGUGACCUUCAAUUUAACCCAUUAGCUAGAGAUUGGUUACGCAUGUGUUAGUCGUGUUCAGCCAUUAAAAGGAAAAGAAUGUCAACAUUGAAAGUGAAACAAAGGUGAACUAUUUCGUUGACUGAUUCGAUCCACAAAAAAUCAUUCUUAUACAGGUAAAAACGAUGAUUAGCUUAUUUUUUAACCUAUAACAUGAAAUCAAACAGACCUGGAAAAGUCCAAUUGCACGAGGUCGCUAUCUAUUUGUAUUCAUGUUUAUGUUUAUAUCGGGUUAUGUGACCGUCUGCAGUCUUUUCUUCGUAGAACAUAUCGAUGGUUGAUUAGAUGGUGUCUAGACUAAAAUACACACGAAAUGCUGAUAUAUACUAUCGAAUACAUGCAUUGUUAACUGUUUAUUUCAGACUUAUUGUGAUUUGGAUAUACGUUUUAGUAUGUUAUAAAUCAAAUACGAGAAUUUGAGUCAAAUCGGUGAACUUGAAUUUGACAGCUAAUGCCCCUUUAAAUCAUUUUCAAUCUUCUCUUUCUUGUACAAUGUUCAGGAGGAAACAUACACAUAUACAAUAUUUAAUUUAUAGACCAUUUUGAAGAGUUAAUUGUUUUUGAGUUAUGUAUACAUUGAAUCUCUAUUUCCUGGAAUCUCUAUGUUGUCAUUCCAUAUUGUUCUUAUCAUUUUAACUGAAUGCUGUUUGAAAGUGUUGCAUACGCUAGUUUUAUAUACUCCUUGAAGUUUAUUAUAUGUUUCUUUAUUGAAGUGCAUGAUUUUAUAUUUGUUUGUAUUACUAUUUUGCUUCAUAAUUUGUACUCUUUAUGUCAUUUUUACUACUUAUUUUUACUUGUUUGUAUGAUUUGUAUUUUUAUUCCCUUUGGUUUAGACAGCUGAAAUAUUGUCCUCCAUCCGCACGUUGAGUUUAUCUUGCAAAAUUGAGCCAUUCAAAACAAAUCUCUUCGAAAAGAAUAAAAUAUGAUCAAAUAUUGUAAACCUGUAAAGGGUCCAAUAUACCAAUCCUUGAUUACAGUAUACAGUGUACAGAUGGGAUCUGUUUGACCAUUAGGAUGUUCGUGACAGCCAUCAGAAAAAAAUCUUAUAAUGGUAAACAAAAAUGGGGGAAAAAAUCAAAAUCCUCUAAAAGGUCAAAAAUUUGUACUUGGAAACUAUAUCCACGUUUCGGUUAAUUGAUUGUUAUAAACUACAUGCAAAAUUUGUAAUUGAGAAAUUCCACUAAAUGUAUUAUCCCAUUUGAAAUUACAUUGUAUUAUUACUAACUUCAUCAACUAUCAAAUAUAGUUUCAUUUGUUACUAAAAAUAAAAUGUAAGAUGUAAAAUUAACAUAGUUAUAACCAGAUGUUGCUAAUAGGUUAUGUGUUUGUGUUUUUGACGGAAGUUACUUCCAUUGCAAUACAUCACCCUUAGGCCUCUAGUCUAUAUGUUUGUGGCAUUACAUUUUUAUUGGACUUACAUGAUUGCAGGUAUAAUGUUUUGUGCAAGUAAAAUAAAACAAUUGCAGGUAUAAUGUUAUGUGCAAGUAAAAUAAAACACAGUGCAAACUUAA